UAAGAUAGAAUUUAUUAAUUUUGAGAAGUAAACAAAUUGAUUUUAUAACUCGCGCGCGUUAGGGAUUUGUCUCGAUACCAAGUUGGCAGCGCCGUAACACGCCUAUCAUCUCACUCACACACUGAGAAAGACAGAGGCAGAAGUUCGGCGACUGGCGGAGAAAUUCAUUCAUCUCAUCAAGGAACCUUAUUGAUAACGUCGCCAGAGAUAGCUAGUGAUUUCAUUCGAUCCGGGUCCCGAAAGACCCACUGGUGUGCACUUGUUUUGGUUUUGAAAGUUCGGAAUCCCGGGAACGUGUGUGUUUCGCCCUGAGCCACAAAUAUGUGAUUUUCGAAAGGGUUUUUGUGUGACGCGGCCAUAUUUAAAGAGUUUUGUGUGUUGAAUGUGGGGCGAGCUGCGGAAAUUACAUAAAUAUAACGCAGCCUCCCCUAGUGACACACGAAGUGAUGGAUCGCAAGAAGGUCCUAGAGCUAGACAAGAUCUGCCGCCUGUGCACCUCGGAACGCAAAGAGAUGCGCCCGCUGUUCAGCGAGAAGGUGCCCGAAAUGUUGAUGGAUUGCACCAACGUGCGGGUGGAGCCCACAGAGGGCUGGCCGGACAAAAUCUGCGUGCAGUGCGUCCACGCCGUGAGCAGAAAUCACGCCUUCAAGACGCUCGUCGAGCGCAGCGACAAGGAGCUGCGCGAAUAUAUCCGUGGUCUCACUGUUGCACAAGUGAUGGAAGAGCAGCAGGCGGCGGCUAAUGCCAAGCAGCAGCUCCAACUUGAGCGCAAGCAACAGCGAAUGCUUCAGAAGCAACAGAAAAUCCUGGAAGAGCACAUGCAGCAACAGAUGAUCCAGCAACAGGCUCCGACCAAACCCAAACUUAAACCGCUGCUUCGGAAGGGAACCCGCCAGCAUAAACAGCGGCAUCUCGAGGCUGCCCCGGCCCCUCAACCUGCCCCACAGCCACAGAUGCAACUACUGCCAGAGCCUGCGCAGCCACCACCCACGUUGCAGCAACAGAUACAACAAAUUCAGCUUCCCACACUUCAACCUGCUCCCGCCCAGCUUCUAUCCACUGCCGGCACGACUACCACAAUGCCACAGCAGAUUCUGCUGCCCAACGGCCAAUUGAUCACGACAGCUCAAAUUGUAGCUCCGCAGCUGGCGCAGAUCAUCAGUACAACGCCACAGGCGACGGCUAAUGGACAAGCCACUGCCCAGUCGCAAUUCCUGCCCCAACUCCUGCAGACACCCAACGGCCAGACACUUCAGAUUGUACAGCAGCCAAAUGGAACGCAGACACUGCAGCUAGUUCAACUGGUACCGCAACGGAGUUUGGCGCCCACCGGGGUGACGACGGUGACUACCACCACCAAUGCCACGGACAUGGGUCAGCAUAUAGGCGCUUCCCUGGGCGACGCUGACGUGCAGUUGCUGGAAGAUGGCUGCGAGGUGGAGGACGAGGAACUGGAAGAUGUGUACGAACAGCUGGACGGCAAAGGAGACCACAGCUUUGAGACCAUUGUCCUGGACGACGACCAGCAGCAGGACUUUCUCAAGGAUCACCAGGAGCACCAUCAAGUGAUGAUCAACGAGGAUCUUACGCAAAGCGAAAGUCAGGAGCACGAGUACUUUGAAGACUUGGAUCAACAGCAGGCAAUGGACGAGGUAGAAGAUGAGGACGACCAUCUUAAGCUUGAAGAAGACCAAGAUACAUUCAUCAUCGAGGAAAUCCAUCUGGAAGACGAUGAGAUGCUGGAAGAUCCAGAAGCUGAAGAAAUCGACCAGGACUGUGAGUACAUCACCGAUGAACAGGAUCCCCAUUUGGCCGGGGACGUGGAUGAUGACUUACAAUAUGCCAUCAUGGAGCCACCUGAUGGCGAGACAAGUGUUGAUAUUGACCAGGCCUUCCUAGAGACGGAUCACUCGCAUCAUCAUCAGCAACAGCAGCAGGAAGAGAUGCAAAACAUAUCGCUCGAGAACGCCGUGGUUGAGUUCAGUCAGGCCACAGCGACAUCGGAUGCCCUGGUGGCUCCCACUUUGAGCGUAAGCUCGGCCAGUCCGACGCCUAAGCGAGCCAAACGAAGCAACCAUGCUCCGGCCGGUGUGACCCUGGAACCCUGCGAUCACCAACCACCCGCCGCCGCACCGACGAUCAGCAGCAAGCUUGCGGCGGCCAAUUCCCGGCAGCUGGUCCAGACUGCCAGCGUGAUUGCAGCCGCAGGAGCAGAUGAUAACUAUGAAAUAGACGCUAAUCUGGUGACUGAGUUCAUACGUCAGCACACCUCGCCAUUGGGUUCGGGCCGGUAUAUCUGCCAUCUGUGCAGCACCGAGUUCCGCCAGUUCAAGGGUCUGCAGAACCACAUGCACUCGCACACCAACUGGAUACGGGCCAAUUGCAAGAAACAGCCGCAGUGCGAGAUUUGUUUAAAGAGCUUUAAGGGCCCUGGAAUGCUGCGGAUGCACAUGAAGACGCAUGACGCAGAAUCCAGUACACCGGUGUGCACCAUCUGUAAUCGCACCUUCAAGUCCAAGGCGAUCCUGUACAGGCACAGGCAGACGCACCAACAGCGAGCCUACUGCUGUGGCGUGGCGAACUGCAGGAAGAAUUUCUCCUCGGCGGUAAACCUAAAGUGGCAUGUGGAACGAAAGCAUCCGGAGGUUGUGGAACCGCUGUUCAAAUGCGGCGAGUGUGGAUCUCUUUACGAUAACGUGGACUCACUGCAAAUUCACGUGGAAAGCACGGACCACAGUGCGGAUGCGCAGAUGAGCACCCAGGACGAUGCUUUCAGCGGAGCGGUGAGCAUCGUGAGCAACGGCACCACCGACAUGUCCAACAUGAUGGCCACCGGCCAGAGUGCUACUUUGGCAGGCGGAUCAGGCGACACCCACGCCGUGGUCGUGGGCUCUUCCGGCGAGGUGUACUUCGUUACGCAGGCGUAGCCAGCGGAGUUUGCCGCAGCAGCAGCUCCUGGAAACGGCGAGUGCCUGCUCGGCAUCUAGAUGACCAUUUAGAUGUAACAUAUAUACAUAUAUAUAUAUAUAUAUUUUUGUACUACCCCCGUCUAGAUAACACUUUAGCAAUUAGCACAACCACACACAAAUAUUGCAAUCCUAGAUUUCUGUCGUAGAACUUGUUUGGUAGGACCUAAGCGAUUCACUCGAAUUUUGUAAGCAAAUACGAAACUUUAGGUAGGCAGAUAGAUCCGGGUCAGAUCCCACAUCCAAACGCUGAGUGUAUAAAUCCCGCGGGGACUGUGCCAGUUUUUGUUUUUAAUCUUAUUAGUUUAUUAUUAUUAUUAUUUUGUUUUCUUCCCGGGGAAUAUCAGACUGGCAUUUUAGGAUAAAUGUAUUUUGGCGUUGGGUUUUCAUUGUUGGGCUUUGAAAUAAGAAAGAAUUUUUAACUGCAACAAACUGAAAAUAAAUUAACAAACCUUCUAUAAAAUCAACAAAA